AUUUUUAAAUCUUGAUAAAUAAAUCCAGAACAAAUGUUUAAGUUACCAGGCUAUUAGGAUCAAAAUAGAUAACCCCAAAAUGGACUUCAUAUUGCAGAUUUGGAGGACGGAAUCACAGAGGAACAAUUGUAUGUGGAGUUUCGAAAGUUUGGAUAGAUCAGCUUUGUUAAAUUGCACAGAUUCCCAUUCAUCGGGAAGUCCAAGCAUUAUGCCUUCAUCUAUUUCUCUUCGUAAGAGGAGGCAAGGAAGGCGAAAGAAGCCAUGAAUUACAAAUAGCUUCUGAGAGAGCCUAUGCGUAUCACCUACAUUCAGGAUUAUGAUAAAGAUGCAAACUUAUUCUUCGCAGGAUUCGAGUUGACAGUAACACUCAAAUAGCUCGAGGAAUUCUUCGUCAAAUGGGGACAAGUAGUCAGUGUCAAAUUAUCAGUGGAUGAGAACAAGAAGAGCAGAGGUUACGGAUGGGUUCAAUUUGAAAAGAAGGAGUAAGCCAAUGAUUUGUUGACUGAGAGUUAACAAAAUGAAGGCAAGGUGCAAUACAACGAGAAGACAUCAAUUAUCGUGAAGAGAUUUGUAAAGAAAGGCACAACUGAACGUGAGGACAAUGAGACAAACUUCUGGACUUCAUUGGACACUUUCGAUUUGGAAAACAAUCAAGUACGAGAAUAGUUGGAGGCUGAAAUGCGUACCAAAUUGAAUGAAUGGUUUAUCACUUAUGGUCCAAUAAUCAGUGUCUUGGUCAAAAUUGAUAUCGAACGUAAGGCUCCCUUUGCUUUUGUGAGUUUCAGUAGACAUUAAGAUGCCAAAGAAGCCUAAAAAACAUUAGGUACUACCUUAGGAACCAAUGCAUAGAAGGAUCCAUUGAAUACUGGCAGAAAGAUGUAUGUUGGAUGGGCACAAACAAAAACAGAUAGAAAAUAACUCAGAGAUAAUAAUGUCUAUUCAAAAUAUAUUUAUGCUGAUCACUUGAACAGAAAUGUCACUGAGGAAAUGAUUAGACAAACCUUAAAAGAGGCUGGCUAUGGCGAUAUCUCCAUGAUUAGAUUGGAAAAGAUGCAACAAGGAUUCUAACAGAUCAUCAGAAUUGGAUACAUUGUAUUCGAUCAAGCCUCAGAUGCAAACAAGUUGAUCAAAUCAUUCAAGGAGAAUGAAAAGUUCGAUGAAAUCAAAAAACUCUUUGAUCAAAAUGUAGAGUAAGUUGGUGGCAAGUACUUCCAACAUCUUUUCCCUCAACAAUCCCAAUAGAGAGGACAGAGAAGAACCAACUAAAGACAAUCUCCAACCAGAAGAAUGUACCAAAUGCCUCCAGGCCCAGCUUAAUUUGCUGCCAGAAUGCCAUUCCCAUUCCCCAUGCAAUAGUAGAGAGUCCCAGGCGGUGGAAUGAGAAGACCCUAUUAACAACAAUUCCCAAAUCCCAUGAGACAAACUCCCUUACCUCCCCCUGUACAAUAGAUAGCUGAUUUGGCUCCAGUUCAAGCUGUUGCCUUCGACAAGAGAUAAGAUUUAGUCGAUUUAUUGGCUAAUAUCGAAGCUUUCAAGGCCAAACCUGAAGACGAACAAGUCAAAUAAUUAUAAAUGAUGUUGUAUUAUAGAAUCAAAGCUAAACUAAGUUAAGACAUAGAACCUCAUUGGAAGAAAGUGAGUGAAGUGCUUUCAGAUCCUUCCAAUUACACAAUAGAUGAAAUCCUCGAUAUGAUUAAGAAUGAAGAUCAAUUUAAUGAAUUAGUAGAUGAUGCAGUUGCUCAAUUAAAAGAAGAAGCACAUUGGUGAUAAAUUUAAUGUUUGUUCAAAUAUAAAUAUAUUUUAACCAAAUCUA